CCGGAAGAAUAUUUCAUUCGAGCUGGACACGUAGCACCCAAGCUGGGAGUGUAUACCGAAGGAAAACUGCUGGGAGGUAGGUACCAUUCUGAGAACACUUAUUGGACCGGGACCAGGACAAAGCCGUAAUAGGAGACUGUCUAAUAAGGGCUGUUUGAAAUGUCAGGCUUUGACAGCUUAAACCCAGAUUUUUACCAGACGAGCUACAGCAUUGAUGACCAGGCACAGGGCACCUAUGACUCCAAUAAUGCAGGGGAUCCAUACAGUAACAAGCAGCAAUAUGGCAAUUACAACUAUCCCCUCCAAGGUGGGCAUUCAACCCCAGGAGUAAUGCAGCUGCAGCAACCUUACACUGGACAGAUCUACCAGCCAACCUUUACACCAACCGCUCCACAGUCUGUCUACGGGUCCAGUUUUGAAGACGAGCCUCCAUUACUAGAGGAAUUGGGAAUAAACUUUGACCACAUCUGGCAGAAGACCCUCACUGUGCUCCACCCUCUGAAGGUAGCAGAUGGAAGCAUAAUGAAUGAGACAGACCUGGCAGGACCAAUGGUCUUCUGUCUGGCAUUUGGGGCUACAUUGUUGCUGGCUGGAAAAAUACAGUUUGGCUAUGUGUAUGGAAUUAGUGCAAUUGGCUGCUUGGGAAUGUACUGUUUGCUGAACCUAAUGAGUAUGACAGGAGUCUCAUUUGGCUGUGUGGGCAGUGUCCUGGGCUACUGUCUGCUGCCAAUGAUUAUCUUGUCUAGCUUCGGUGUGCUGUUCUCACUGCAAGGAAUGGUGGGGAUCGUCAUCACGGCUCUGAUUAUUGGAUGGUGUAGUUUUUCCGCUUCCAAAAUUUUCAUCUCUGCUUUAGCCAUGGAUGGACAACAGCUCUUAGUGGCAUAUCCCUGUGCUCUGUUAUAUGGAGUCUUUGCUUUGAUUUCAGUGUUUUAAACUGAUAAUUGUAAGUUGAUGGACUAAAAUAGGACAAGCAACCAAAUGUACACCCAUCUGGCAAUGAAUUAGUGGCUCAUCGUUCAGCCUGCUAUAAAGAUGGGCACAUUCCUUUUGAGCACCUGAGGGAUCGACUCAAAUGAAUACAUGCAUGUCAUGCAGCAUUUUUGUGUGGCUUCUUUUUUAAAAAUUCAGAUUCCAGAUUCUAAUGCAGUGGCAGUAGCUUUAAUUUUUUGGAAAAAUGCUGUAUACGAAACUGUAAUAUACAGAAUUCUCCCCAUACUUUCCUGUUAAUUAAUUCUGGCCUUUAGAAAUGCAUUCCUUCACCACGUUGUUAAUAUAUGAUGAUAUUGUAUCGGAAUCUAGAUUUCUAUCAUAAAUAAAACCGUAUUGUUGUGGUUUUUGUAUAUGUCGCUAUGCUUAUAUAGAUCAGCUCCUUCAUAAUCAGUCCCAGGUUUGGUUUUUGGUGUUUAAUCCUAAAUUCUAAGAUGACAUUCAUUCAGAUUUGAGCCUUUUUUAAAUUUGUUUCGGAAGAAGUGUUGACAGUCAAGAAUCAACAUGAAGCCAUAAAUAUUAUGUAAUAUACAAAUCUGAGAUGCAUUUUGUAGCUAUGUGUCUCUGAGACACAGUGGUGAUACACCAGUGUUCCAGAACGUGUGCAUGUUUAUCAGAAAAUCCCAAAUUAAGGGCCUUCAGCUAAAAUAUUUGUAGUAACUUUCCAGUAAUGCUCUGUUUACCAACUUUCCUACAUGCUUAUCUUCUUCUUUAUGUUAGAUCUGUCACCAGGGUAAAUCGCACAAUGUAUAUAUUUAAGAUCAUUACUUUGUUUCUAUUUAAGUAGAAUUUAGCCCAGUUAUUUUAUUUAAUUUUUUUUUUUUUUAAUUAUACGUGACAAAUGAUGCUGCCAGGAUGGAGAACAAUACAAAAGUAAUCACUGUCAGACAGUCAAUUUUAGGAAAAGUUGUCAAUGAUAUACUUUACCACUGAACUUGUCUGUACUAUUCCUCCCCCCCCCCAGAUGCAUUGACAUUCUUGCAGAAAUGUUCAAGGGUUUAAAAUAAAUUUAGAUGGUGCUUUUAAAAAAUGGUUUAUUUGUAAAUGUAUUUGAAGCAAAUUAAUAAUGUUGCGUUAACAUGGUCUCAGUGUUUCAUAUAUCUUGUACUACUUGUCAGUAAUAAUAAGAGGAAUAUUAAUGUCACUGAUUUCCCCCCCCCCCCCCCCCCCCCUUAAAAUUAAGGUGUGUAUGUAUAGGGAAUGUUUUAAAGAUUAAUUUGAAUUUCAAGUGAACCACAAAAUAUAAAAUGCUUUUGAAAACAUCAAAUAGUCUGUCUUGCUACCCCAGUCAAAGUUAAAUAUUUAUAAAUAAUUUCAUUUUGUAUGUUGUCUGUUUAAAUAUUGUUAUAUAUUUUUAUUAUCUGAUAAUAAAGGGGUGGGGUUGAAAUA